AUGAGCACGGCGACGGUGGCGGCAGGAGUGCCCAAGAGCGAUUGGUCUCUGCCUACCCGACCGGGUCUGCAAAUCGAAGAUGAAAACGAGUACGCGGGGGCAGCGAACGCAGCGCCGGUUCUGUAUGUGGAGGAGGCGGAGCACUUUGUGGAGAGCUUGCGAGAGUUCUCUAUUGAAGAGAUUGGGAACAGCAGCUGGUUCGAGCAAAACCGCCGACUGGCCAAGCUCAACCUUCAGGCUCACCAGAGUGCGAUGGCGAGAUCCGACGAGUACGUCCUGGAGGCCCUGCUGACGUUCGACAAGCUCGGCGUCGUCGUGCACGAGCUGCUGGCCAUCGAGGCGUGGAAGGAGUUCGUUCUUCCCCGGCUGCUGGAGACGGAGCGAGCAAGGUCGGGCAAGUGCACGAUGCGGCUCUACUUCACCCUCUACCACGAGGCCACCCUCGCGAACCUCCUGCAGGUCGCCUUGUUCCACGGGCACAUCUGCGAGCAGGCGGGAGGAGACCUCCUCAUGGAGCUCGCCGACUACUGCGCUCGCAAGAUGACCAUGCUUAUCUCCGGGCGGGCCUCGAGCAAACCGCGGAAUGCCCGGGAGGUGGCGAAGGACAUUGAGGAAAGGCUCGCUAAGCUCUCUCCGGCCGAAGAGGUCCGGGGCUACCAGGAGGAGACGGAGUUCCGGGUGUGCGUGACGGCCGUGGCCCUCCUCCGCUUCCUGUGCGAGCACCUGCACCGCCUUCCCCUCGGGGUCAUGACGAGAGUGCUGGACACCCACGACGUGCUUCUCGGCCUGGUUAUCCUCGUGGAGAACCCGCCUUGGACCAGGCGGGCAGAAGAGGGCACCUGGCAGAAGUUCGUGGACUUCGAGUGGAGGACCGUGGCGGCCGCCGACCUGCUGCAGGUCACCAAGACUGAGGGACAGGUCUGGCUUGCCAUGUACCACCUCAUGUGUGAGGAGGAGUGCCGGAAGCGGUACCACUUCAACUCCUUGAGAAAGAACAACAUUCUUAGGGUUCGGAAGUACCUCAACGACAUCCUGCUGGAUCAGCUGCCGGUGCUGGCUUCCGUACAGAGGUACAUGGACGAGCUCACGAUCAUGGAGGUCCCAGAACCGCCCAGCAUGGGCACGACGGGCAGCCUCCUGAUGGAGCAGAUCCCCAAGGUACGCCAGAGCCUCACGCGGGGCCACGAUUGGGACGCCCUAGCUCUCCGGGCCACGUCGAAACGACCGGCUAGCGGGGGUGGCGGCGGUGCCUUUUGCACCUACGAUGACGCCGAUGAUCCCGACGUCAAGAGCGCCGCUGCCCUCUUCUCAGCCGGGGAGCUUGAGGAUUGGGGCGGCGGGGCGGGGGAGGGUCAGCUCGAAGAACGCGGCGCUGUCGCUGCUUCUGCGGAAAAGGCGGCGGCGGCGGUGGAGGCCGUGCGGGCGGCAAAGGCGGAGGCCGGAGCCUCGCGCGAGAAGGAUUGGGGAGGGGGUAGCGGCGGCGCCGGCGGAAGGGGCGGUGAAGCACCGUCCUCGUCGGUCCGCGCAUAGUUACAUGUAGCGAUCGAAUGGUGUACAUAUCGUACCCUC